GUUUUUUUACGGUGGGUGUUAUUUUCGUCUGCUUUGUUGGGUACGUGCGGUUAAAAUUUUACGAUGUAUCAACGUUGUGAAACCGUGUUGAGAAAGUGUCCCAAUGUGCCCUCGGUUUAGCUAAUAAGGAAAUUUAAACGUCCAAUACACCCUGGUGCAAUAUCCAGGGGAAAAUGUUAAUGUCUUUGCUCAGCAUUGAAGGUGUUGGGGAAGAGGUUAUUCUCAGCGCAGUCGCCUUUGUACUUGCUCUCCUUGUUUUUGGAUAUUACAUGAUGAGAAAUGAAAGACGAGAACAAACUGUUCAUCCUGAAGAGAGGGAAAAUAUGAAUUUACUUCGUGAAUCAAUGCGUGUUGAACCAAGAAGAAGGUACGGCUCACAGAAUCAAUGUCCCGUGUGCCUAAAUGAUAUUGCCUAUGAGGUGGAAACCAACUGUGGUCACAUUUUCUGCUGUAAGUGCUGGCUUGCCUACAGAGCUCAUGGUAGUUUUUUAGGGGCAGUCCGUUGCCCUGUUUGCAGACAGCAGGUUACAAUCCUGUUCCAGUGUUUCACCGAGAAUGAAUUGAACCCUACCAGCGGAUCAGAAGAAGAGCCGGAGCUCGGCACGUUCAUCCGCGAAAUUAACAGCUACAAUCGUCGCUAUAGCGGCGAACCCAGACAGUUCUGGGAAACUGUACGCGAGCUUCCCAUUUUGUUUCGUCAUCUUGUAAGCGAAAUCUUUUCGGAGGGUGGCUUCCUCUACCUGUAUCGCCUUCGUGUCAGCCUUCUCGUCAUUGGUUGUGUGAUCUACCUUCUCUCACCACUUGAUAUCAUACCGGAAGCAGCUUUCGGCAUUCUUGGCCUUGUAGACGACAUGUUGGUCCUCCUAGUCGUCAGCGUUUUCCUUACAAACGUGUACCGCAACUACAUAGCUGACGGUGGAAAUAUUUUCGGCCGUCAUAAUCAAGCCCCACCAGUUUCGUCUACAUCAAAUUAAUAACAAACAAGUGCCGCUUAACCCCUCAUUCUUGUUUUAAAUUUCUUUUUUACCCCCUCUUCUAUUGUAAUCGUGCCCGUUGUAUAUGAUAUAUGGUGUAAUGUGCUUUUAUUUUAUUUUGCCGGGGUUAUUCAUUUCAAAGUACUUUGUGGGAUCAGUUUCUCCCUGAUUUUUUUUUUUUCGUGUUUUCUCUCCAUCCAAGAGAAAGAAUUUUUUGUAUUUAUAGAAAAAUACCGACACUCGAAAUAGACAUGAAAGAAAAAUGCA